AUGGAGGGACAAAGGACACAAGUGGAGCUGAGAAAUGGACAUAAAGCACGCGCGAGAGAGAGCGAGUCUACUGUUCCAGUGGCUGGUUCGGUGAAGGCUGCUCCCGAACUUGCAAAUGCCAUGGCGCCGCGGAAUGUGCCGUUGACACUGGCAGCUGUACCUGCCCUCCUGGCCAUGUGGGACCCGAUUUAUGCUUUUGAUACUGCUGAUGAUGACAAUACUGGCACUGACUGA